UGUCCGUCUGCAUACGCACGCAGGCGCGUUAGGGGAAUGGAAAGCGGCGAGUCCUGAGGAGACCACCGGCUUCAACCGGGCCUGUCGGUGUUGGAUCCUGAAGGAGGCUCGGUGAUCUAGGCCCUGUCCGUGGACAGCCACAAACCUUCCAGGCACCAUCUUCAGCCCGUUGAAAUCCUGAACUUUGCAUGCUAACCAGGUAAGCCAAGAUGUCAGAAGGGAGUUCGGGCAACGAUCCUGGGAACCCUGGCUGUAGCCGGCCUACACUUUCAACUGCACGAGGGUUAAUAGGGAGGAGGACCACUGCCCCAAUUACCCCUGGCCGCCUGCCUUCCAUCCGUUCCCGAGACCUAACUCUUGGUGGAGUGAAAAAGAAAACCUUUGCUCCCAAUAUAAUUAGCAGGAAGAUCAAAGAGGAGCCAAAAGAAGAUGUUUCCAUCAAGAAAGAGAAGAAGGAACGUGAUCGAGACUGGCAGAGAGAUGGUCAUGGGCGAGGCCGAGGGAGGCCAGAGGUCAUCCAGUCUCACUCUAUCUUUGAGCAAGGACCAGCUGAAAUGAUGAAGAAGAAAGGUACCUGGGAUAAGACUGUGGACAUGUCUGACUUUGGCCCAUCCCACAUCAUCAACAUAAAGAAGGAAAAGAGGGAGACGGAUGAGGAGACGAAGCAGAUCCUGCGUAUGCUGGAGAAGGACGAUUUCCUUGAUGACCCAGGUUUAAAAAAUGACAUCCGCAAUAAGCCUGUCCAGCUGCCCCUGGCCCAUUCUGGCUGGCUUUUCAAGGAGGAGGGUGACGAUCAAGAGGAUGUGAAGCCUUUGAGUUCCAGCACCAAGGAUGAGAUGAUGGAAGUGGACAUACCAUCAGUGAAAGUGAAAAUGGAGCCCCAUGAUGAAGAAGAGUCCUUUCCUGGCCGCAAACCAUCUCUUGCAAAGGCACCCCCUCUCUUCCCCCAGGAUGUGUCUGUGGCAGAGUUGCUGCAGAAGUUGAGCUUCUGCAAGGAAGAUGAGUUGCUGUUCUUGCAACUGCCGGAUACACUGCCAGGGCAGCCACCCACCCAGGACACCAAGCCCAUCAAGACCGAGGUGCAAAAUGAAGAUGGGCAGAUGAUGAUGAUAAAACAAGAGAAGAGCCAGGAAGCCAAGGAGGCUGAGAACAUCUGCACCCUGGGGGACCUGUCAGAAGGGCAGGUGGGGAAGCUGCUGAUCCGCAAGUCGGGAAAGGUGCAACUAGUGCUGGGCAAGGUGACCCUUGAUGUGACCACAGGGACCCCGUGCUCCUUUCUUCAGGAGCUGGUGUCAGUGGGUAUCGGAGACAAUAGGAGUGGUGAGAUGAUCGUCCUGGGCCAUGUGAAGCACAAGCUGGUCUGUGCCCCAGACUUUGAGUCCUUGCUGGAACACAAGCAUCGAUAAGAUUGGGUGGUGGCAAAGGCUUCUGGCCCUUCCUGACAGUUCUUAUUAACAGCAGUGUCUUCAAAUGCCCAGAAGUGCCUUCCUCCUGAGCUGACAGAUGAAGCCUUUCUUUAAAAAGGCCAGCUGCAUUGCAGUGAACCAGAAAUAUGUGGCAUUUUAUUGUGUUUGGGCAUUGUGAGCUGCAGAGCAUACUGAGGGUGACUCUCAGCGACGGUGGAAACCAAGGGGUUGGUGCAGACUACCUAGCAGCUCUGGGUAGCUGGAUUAUUAUUUAUGUGGUACAAGACUUGGCACAAGCAAUCCCAAAAGCAAAAACUGGGGGAGGAUUUUGGGGGGGGGGGAAACAGGAGCUGAGGUUGGCUGCUUUGGCAGCUGUUUUAAGCAGAUGAGAAGAGAAGAGGCUGCUCCCCAUUCCAAAUCCUUAUAUAAGUCCUUAGGAUGAAGCCUGUUCCUUUCUAAUCAAUAUUUGCAGUUGCACACUGUAACUGGAGCAAAGGAAGAAGAAAUGGAGGUGGGUCCCAAGAAGCAGAAAGUAUGUGCCCCCUGCAAGACCAGUUCUCCUGUUGUACUUCCUAAGUCUAGAAGCCUGAGUCACAUCAGAAAUUUGUGUUGCAAAAUUUGUCCCUAUAGCUUUUCUCCCCUUUUUUGAGCAGAUACAAAACAUCUGUGCUUUAAAAGAAAAAUCUAUUAUCUGGCACUUGGGCUUUUUGCAAUGCCCAUGAAAUAUGUGGCAAAAACCAUGGCAGGCAUCUUUGGACAUACUAAGAAAUAAUACCAAGGCAGGCCAGUGAGGGAGGAGUUGCCUUGUUUUUGCUCCCAUCUGUCUAAAAUUCCCCAGGACCAGCCAUCCAUCCUUAAUGCUGGGAAUGAUGCAGCUGAUAACACUGGCCUAGGCUUAUUUUCCCCAAGGAACCCAUUUUUGUCCUGCUGUCCAGGCAUCAUGCAUGCCAACUAACAGCUGGGGAGGGAGGGGGGGAGGGGAGUACAGGAGGUUGUGCCAAAAUAAAUUUAUCACUGAUCAUCUCUUUGAGAUGGAAAAUUGUGCUUCUCAGCAGCUUGGUUUUGGUCUAGGGCUGCCUUACUUUUCCUUUUUAGCCCAUUUUUUAAAAUAGUUGGAUAUGACACCAGAAAAGCUGUUCAUUGUCUGCUUAUCGUGCCCAGGGAAAGAAUAUAGUCAGUGAUAGCAAAUGCUGAGGCUUUGGUCAUGCUGCAAAGCAAGCAGUGAAAUCUCUAGAAAAAUGUUGGGAUUCCUUUUAAAAAAAUUCUGGGGUGUUUUGGAGGAAUCUGAUAGGACAGCUGAGUACAUGACUAAGUGUGCUUAUGACUAAAAUCAGUUCUUCAUUUAAGCACUAUUCUUAAACGGGAGCAGUCUUAUCUAGCAAAAUGAGAUGCUGGAACAUUCACAACCCAAAUCUCCAGCAUAGUUUUAUUACUAAACAGCAGCCAUCAGGUGUCCUCACUUGGAUCUCAGUGCAAGGAGUGUUUAUUCCUCCCCACCAGUGCCAUUUUCCGGCCAUUAAAUAAUAGUCCUUGGAUAUGUUAUUUGUCCCACUGAGACAAACAUAAGGCAACCUAUGUGUUUCCUCCAGUGUGUUAGGGAAAGGGUCAAGCAUCCACCUCUGCCAUACCAUGGUUCCAAUCCAAGUGACUGAAAGUAGUAGUUUAAAAAUGCCAUUGAAAUCCCUUCAUGACCUUAGUUUGAUUGCCUUCUGAUUGCUGCAGUGCAGUGAUAAAAUGAUUGGACUCCACCUGGUGUCAAUAAAAUCACCCUGAAUACAA